CAAUCAAGGAUGGAGUACGAGAAUGAAAAUGCUGGUAUAGAACUGUUUCUCGCUCACAUGAACAUUGAAGACUUCAUCCAAGAGGCAGAGAAUUUCUACUGUGUUGGCGAGGAGGUGGAAGCAGGAGUUUCAUUUGAAGAAAGUUUCUCGCAAGAAGACAUGGAUGAGAUUGUGGAGACGCCACAGGAUUUAAUCUCACAUGUGCAAAAUCCUGGAAAGGUCCGUUACGGGACUGCAUCCGACCUCCUGGACUUUGUAAAUACGGUUUCAAACACCCCGUCCUCCUCUCUAUUGGAGGUGGGUGAAGAAAUGGGGGUCCUGCUAAACAAGACAGACAUGGUCAUUAAGGAGGGGCAUUAUCGCAUUGACUUGGACGUCCUUCUGUUUCCUUGGAAACUAACCUACAAGCCCCAAGGCCCUGGACACGUUCCCAAAGGCUCAUUUGGGAAGGUCCAUCUGGCUCAGGACACCAAAACUCGGAAGAGAAUGGCAUGCAAACUAAUUCCUGUGGAACAUUUCAAGCCUGCAGACGUGGAAAUCCAAGCCCGGUUCCGUCACGAGAACAUAGCAGAGCUGUAUGGGGCAUUGAUGUGGGAGCAGACGGUGCAUUUGUUCAUGGAAGCCGGUGAAGGGGGCUCAGUUCUGGAGAAGCUGGAUAGCUGUGGUCCAAUGAGAGAGUUCGAGAUCAUUUGGGUCUCUCAGCAGGUUCUGCGAGGCCUGGAGUACUUGCACUCUCACAAGAUCAUACACCACGACAUCAAACCCAGUAAUAUUGUGCUGAUGUCCGCAAAAGCCGUGCUGGUGGACUUUGGGCUUACAGUACAGAUGAAGGAUGAUGUAUAUGUUCCUCGGGACUUACGUGGCACUGAGAUGUAUAUGAGUCCAGAGUUGGUUUUAUGUCGCGGACACAACACCAAGACUGACAUCUACAGUCUGGGAACCACAAUCAUACACAUGCUGAGUGGAAGCCCUCCAUGGGUUAGGAGAUAUCCCAGAACAGCCUACCCCUCAUACCUUUACAUAAUCCACAAACAGGCUCCUCCUCUGGAGGACAUACCUGAAAGCUGUAGCCCCGCGAUGCGGAGGCUCCUGGAGCAUGCACUCGAAAGGGUCCCUGCACGGAGGAGCUCUGCCACAGAAUUACUAAACGAGGAGGCCCUCCAUCCUUCUCGGGAAGACCAGCCGCGCUGUUGGAGUCUGGAUUCUGCACUGGAGGAAGGCACACAUCCACUGCUGCGACAGCACAGUCAGCUUUCAGACAGCACCCAAGAUUCUUCCUUGUACACUGAGGAUUCUGGGCACUCGAAGAAAAAAGGAUCCCUCUAUGUAGAUCUGGGUGCCUUGGCUGGCUACUACAAUCUGGUUAGAGGGCCACCAUCUAGUGAAUAUGGCUAAUUAAGGUGGAUUUUUGCUGAGGACCAGUGGGGUGCUUGUAUCAGAAUUGCAUAGAUAGAUCAUUUCCGUGGAGCUGAAUUAAUCCACAAGAUGAUUCAGAAUAUACUGUAUGGUGUCCUAAAUGAGGACAGUCUACACUGAUUGGACAUGAGCUGUCCAAUUAGAGAUGGACUUCUUGAAGAGAAGAUAGACUUGUGGUUUUUAUUGUUUCAUGAACAGUUUGUGAGGUGUGGUUUUGUUAAUGCAGUUCCUUGUCUGUGUUUUGAGAGCAUGAAUAUAUCAUAUGUAUAUGAAAUACAUACUAGGGAUGCACCAGUAUUGAAAUCUGGCCAAUAUAGAAAAGCCUAUAAUUAUUUUUCUGUUA